AUGAUUGACCAUCUGCUCGGACGGCCCAACGUCAGCUGGAAGAGGACCCAGGUUGUUCUGGUCAUCAUCUUCUGGUUCUGGCGCAUCCUUCAUGGCGACCCCGGCGGGCCAAGGUUUCUAUAUAUCAGACGGGCAAACAGAGCGCUACGACGGUUUACGCCGUGGCAGCUCAUCGUGAGCACUCUGACAGGCGUUUAUGCCGUCCGUAAUCUGGACAAGAUCCUCGGCUUGGCCGGUAGGUGCACUGCUCUUGUGUUCGCUUAUUCGCCAUCCUACUAUCGCGCGACUUGGAUGGCUACGGGAUUGGAUGCUGGCUUCGCCACAGCAAUGACCAUCCGACCACGAUGGUUGAGAGAUAUCUGUUCCGUGCUCUUUUCUGUGUACUAUAUCAUAUAUGCCAGUGAGGCUGAUGAGAAGAUCCGGAAAUACCGAGCGGUGCCCACCGUCGAGAUGCUGCGCGCCACCUGGGAGAAGAGCACAAAUCCCUAUCUACGAAUGUUCUCCCAUCUCCCCCACAUCUCAAUGCGCCGCAAGAUACUGCUCGCGCGCCCUAAAGAUUCGACCUAUCGCCGCCCAAUUACGGCGUGGCUAUACUUCGCGCCCCCGGCGGAGCAGCUUGCGCGCGCGACAGACCUUAUUCUCGACUUCCCCGGUGGCGGGUUCGUGUCGAUGACGCCUGAGCACCACGAGGACCGUUUGCGAGCGUGGGCCAUACGUACGGGCAGGCCCGUGCUUUCCGUCGACUACGGCAAGGCUCCGGAAUAUCCGUACCCGUUCUCAAUUGACGAAUGCUUUGAUCUCUACCGAGUCCUGGUCGAGACUACCGGGAUUGUGGUAGGGAUGUCCGGGCGCAAACUCAACAUCAUUUGCACAGGCGACUCCGCGGGUGCGCACAUCGCGGUGUGCGUCAUGUUCAAGAUAUUGGAAACACAGAUGGAGCUACCGCAUCCGCUCGCAUUGGUCUUGAACUAUGCGGCACUGGAUUUCAACUUCACGUCCUGGAUGACGCCCAAGAAUUUGCGCGUGCUGCAAUCGGAGCAGUCGGCAGUCCAUCUGUCGAUGCUUGCCGAGCAGAAGGACCAUUUGCGUCACAUAAGCCCGCUAUCUAUGGUCGGCGACCGUAAGCUGCCUCGGCGCCGACGCAGCCUCCGAGACACCUUUCGGACCCUGACGUCGUCGACGGCAACGCCUCAGGUGCCUGCGCUUCGCUCGCGCCACACGACCACGAGCAUUAGGCACGUCGGCAGCCUCGACGAGGACAGCGGUGACGACGAAGGCGGUGCCAUGGGAGACGUCGAAGACGAGGUAUUCAGUCGUGUGAACGAGGAAGACAAACCGCUGCGCGCUAGAAUCCGCUUCAACCCGCAGGUGAGCCGCGUCGAUUUCGAGCGCGCCCCCGCCACGCCCGAGCUUCCUGGCCUGUUCGACCCCCCGACGCCGAGGGAGGGGGCCCCGCUAGGCACGCGGCUCACGAUGACGAGCCGCACCGGGUACUUCCAGGAUCGAAUCAUCUCCCCGAGCAUGAUGCGCGCCAUGGCCAUCCUCUACAUCGGGCCACACCGCAACCCCGAUUUCCAGGCAGACUACCAGCUCUCGCCGAUCCUCGCGCCCGACCACCUCCUCGCGCGCUUCCCGCCGCUGCUCAUGUCCUGCGGCGAGAAGGACCCGUUCGUGGACGACACGCUCAUCUUCGCCGGGCGCGUGCGCGAGGCCAAGCGCGCCCGCCGCGCCGAACUCGCGCGCGUCCUCUCGGGGUCCGGCGCACACGACGACGCGCUGGACGGGUCCCUGCACGCCCUGCGCCGCGAGCGCGCGCGCCUCGCGGGCCAGAGCGACGACGACUGGGUGCAGAUGCACAUCUUCUCAGAGUGGAGCCACGGGUACCUGCAGAUGCCGUCGCUUAUGCCUGAGGCGCGCGGCGUCAUCGACGACCUCGCGGACUGGAUGCUCGGCGCAUUCGGUCGUGAUGCGCCACCCUCCCCUGCGUCUGCGUCCGCCACGGGUAGCGUUCCGUCCCCCGCUGGUCCAGGGGAACACCGCGGCGCCUCGAGUUCGCCGCUGAAGACGCGGCGGAUGUCGACGGCGCGCCAGCGGCCGCAGGCGGACGGGCUCACGUCUGCGACUGAAACGUCCGAGCUCGACACGGACGACGUGCUGUCGUUCGCGCCCAAGCGGCGCAGCCCGCCGAACUCCUUUGCCUCGAACGGGUCUGCCAGCACUACACGACGAUUAUCGCAGAGCGGGCCCGGACCGCAGGCCGCUGCUGCUCCGGCUGCGACACCGCAGGGCGGGCGGCUCGGGGUGGAGGUUGCGAACGGAGACCUGCAGCGCUCCGACAUCCUGCAUGACGCCGCGCCACAGGUGGACAGCUACCGCGUCGGCUCGCCGCCCAAGCGCCCCAGCUCCGUCACGACCACGGGCAGCGCGCCAUCUGGCUCGGGCACGCCUGCGAGUAGGGGUCAGACGAUCACCGAGUCCGAGCUGAUGCGCCGAAGGCGGCUGCUCGACUCGCACCUCAUCUCUUCGGAUCCUGCCAUCCGGUGAGCUCGCGGCAGCCGCAACUUGCGCCAGGUUGGACGUAAACACGGGCUGGGGGUGGGUCGUCGCACUUUGGACGUCGAACGCCUCUCGCGGCAGCGGCGGG